AUGACCCGGAAAAUGUGGGGCUUAAUUCCUGCGUUGAACUGCUCCCAGCUACUACGCUUUUGCCCUUCGCAGUGCAAGCCUUUCGUCUGCCCCAUCACGACCUCCGACCCUUGGGCGGACCCUCCUAAACACACCAUGUCGGACCAAGCUUUUGUGACACUGGCCACAAAUGACAGCUAUGCAAAGGCAGCGAUGGUCCUCGGCCAGUCGUUACGAAACCACAACACAACCAGGAAGCUGGUCGCUCUCGUGGGACCUCAUGUUGCAGAACAGUGCAGAGAUGUGCUGCACUCCAUUUUUGAUGAGGUGCGCGUGGUGGAUGUGAUGGAUUCAGGCGAUUCGGCUCAUCUGGCCCUGAUGAAGCGUCCGGACCUGGGAGUGACGUUCACCAAACUGCACUGCUGGACGCUCACACACUAUAGCAAGUGUGUGUUCAUGGAUGCAGACACACUGGUACUAUCCAACAUAGAUGAACUCUUUGAGAGAGAGGAGUUAUCUGCAGCUCCAGAUCCUGGUUGGCCAGACUGUUUCAACUCUGGGGUUUUUGUCUUCAGACCAUCCAAUGAGACCCACGAGAAGCUCAUCGCAUUUUGUGGUGAAAAUGGCAGCUUUGAUGGUGGGGAUCAGGGAGUUCUCAACAGUUUCUUUAACACCUGGGCGACAGCAGAUAUUUCCAAACACCUCCCCUUUAUUUACAACCUCAGCAGCAUCGCCAUCUACUCCUACUUGCCAGCUUUCAAACAGUACGGCCAAGGCGCAAAGGUGGUGCACUUCCUGGGCAAGGUAAAGCCAUGGAAUUACUCCUAUGAUGCUCAGAGAGGAGAGGUCAAAGGUCAAGCCUUGUCACCUGACCCCUGCGGGCUGCACCCUGACUAUCUGCUGAUGUGGUGGCAGGUGUACGCCAAAUCUGUGCUGCCUUUACUACAGAAGGCCUACGGAGAUACUCCCUUCCACAGUGGCUUUGUAGAGCAGAGCGACGAGGGUAAGCUUCACGAGGAUGUAAGAGAGCAGCCGGCAUCCUCUCCUCCUCCUCUUCCUCAGAAGAUUUCAUCAGAUGCGCGGAAGCAGCGUUGGGAAGCGGGCCAGAUCGACUACAUGGGCGACGACUCGUUUGCCAACAUCGAGCAAAAACUUAACUCCUUCCUGAAGUAGUGGGCGACCGAGGGAGUGUGACGGACACCGGUUGAAGCACUGUGUGGUUGGGUGGGUGGGUGUUUGGGUAAACCACCGCUCAGUGAAUCACAGGGGCUUGAUUGGCAGGUGACUGGAUGAAUGCUUCUAAGCAAAAUUCAGUCUCCCUCUCUGCAUCCUGUGCAGAGGGUUAAGUUUGACAAAAAUUCCCAUGCACUCCACCUUCCACUUUUUUUCCUCCUAAAGGAAAAGUUAGACAUUUUAGCAUAACUUACUUUCUUGCUGAGAGUUAGAGGAGAAGAUUCACGUGUUUUUUAUGGCAAGUGUGAAACUAUAGCAGCAGCUGACCAACUAACUCCCUUAGCACAGACACUGCAAAUGGCCAGCCUCAUGCCUCACCUCAGUGCUGUGGAUGCUAUUCUGAGAUGUAGUUGCAUAGCUAUGGGCACAGAAAAUAUAUUUUGAGAUAUGUUAAUAAAUGCCAGAGAUGUUUAUUGUCUGCCUGAUUAAUGGAGUAUUUACCCAAAUGAAAAAAAGAAGGUUAAAUGCAGGAUUUCCACUGAUCCCUUACACUAGCAGUGGAAGACAGGUUGCAAUAGAACUAAAUUUAAAAUGUUAGCUUCUUCCCAUAGAAACAGUUCAAAAUUCUGGGUAGACACAUGUAUUCAAUUGUAAAACUAUCAUUGGAGAUGCUUUUUACUUCUGAAAUGAAGAAAAUAAAAUGAAUUUUAAGUAAAUUACAUUUUUUCCCCCUCCUAUUUUCUUGUGCAAGGAUAUGUUACCCAAUCGCCAAGUAAUGUAGAAACUACUAGUCUGUGUCCAAAGUUGGCAAAGACUGGCUAUUAGCAACUCUACAAAAGCUCUAAAAAAGGCAGUUAUAUAUUUUAUAAGCACUAAUGUACUAAUGUUUUGUUUUUUUUUUGGCCAAGAACUGUAGGCCAAGGGAAUAGCCUAACACAUAAACAGUGAUUUUUAGUGUGCACAGAUCAAUUUUAUGCUGAAUAAAUGAGCUGUAGCUUUGUAAUCGAUGAAUUUCCAGGUGCUGGUUGGUCAGUUCUGCUUUGGCUGUUUGUCCAUCUCAAAUCUUCAUGCUAAGUCAGGUUAGCCAGCUGUGUGGAGCAAAUCCUCUCACCAAACUCUUAACAAGAAAGGCAGAAACUUGUAGCUACUUCCUAAAAUGUCUGUUCCUUUUAAGUGUUCUUGUGCACCUGUUGGAAAUGGACUCGCAGUCCUGAGUCUUCCUUUGGAAAAUCUGAGCAGCUUAACUGAAAUGCAGUUGCUUCAGGAUGUUUCCAUCUAUCCUACCUGCAAUAAUCCUCUCUGUUUAAAUCACUCUGAAGCAGAUAUGCAGCCACUGGCUUCUCUCAUGCUGUUUUCAGCCAGUUGUUACAAUCCCGCUUUAAUAUGACAGUGUCCACCUCAUCGGAGUGCACAGAUGAGAGUUCCCGUCUGUGCCUCUGACACUCACCAGCUUCCUGUGACUUCAGCUUUGUGUUGUCUGGUAUUGUAUUAGGGCUAGGCCUGUUGUGUUGUAUUUGCAUGGCGCAGAGUUAAAACAUGGAUCAGUAAUGGAAGUGCUUCCGUCCACAUCCUUGAUUAACAGUCAGGUUUUUCUUGUAUUCUUGUGGGAUUGAGCAAUAGCGCACUCCCCGGGCAUCUGUUACCAUUUGUCCGUCCCCUGCAUGUAUGCCACUGUCUUCAGUGCGUCUGUGCCAUUAACUGGGUUUCAAUUCGUUACUUCCUUUCUGUAGUGUAACCAGCUGCCUUAUUGCUGUUCACUGUUUACAAAACCUCACUUACUGUAACUGCUGCUAGUGGCACAACGGAUUGAACGUUGACUCUGUCCUUUGCUGUUGCCAAUACCCUCUUUGCUUCACUCCAGCCGAGUGCCCUCAAAACUGUUACCCACAGCUGUUAAGUAAAAUACUCCUUAAAGCUGGCAAGGUUGAUAGAAACGUCCAUACGUAGCUUUUGAGUGUGAAAGUAGGUCAUAAUUAUAGUUACAUCAGUUAAUGCACAUCUGUCCUGUUUCCCAGCUGUUAGCUGUACAUCCCUCUGAAAGAGCAAAUAAAAAAACACCUUUUA